AUGGAUCGCGACACUGCUAGCGAAUGGGCCUCCCGUAUCGGAAACGAACGAUUGACAAAAGACGACAUUUAUUGGGUAUUCUCGUUUGUGGGCGAAGAACUGGACCCCGAAUUUAUGGUUGUAUCGCGUAGAUCCAUGUUCAGGGAGUUCAAGGAGGGUGAGCAAGAGAAACUUGCGAGGAAGCUGCUAGAGGAGGAAGGUCUCAGGCACUUUGGAGUUUGCAACCCGUCUAAAUGGAAAAUUACUGUAUUUACCAUUUCUCCAAAGGAACGUAUACUCUCUACCCAAGAUUAUGUGCUCGCCCGUGGCCACCCAUUUUCUUCCACCACCAGAAAGUUCUAA